AUGGAGAACGACGUUCUUGACUGCCUGGAUGACCUGCAGUACCCGGGACCGUGCUCGGAGCCGGCGGCGCUGACGGCGGCGCUCGACGGCGGCCCCGAGUCGGCCCAGUUCCGCCAGCUGGUGGCCUGGCUGGUCGGCCAGCUCGGUCCGCUCUGCCACCUGGAGGAGACGGUGGCGGCCGAGAGCGGCGCCGACGACUUCCAGCUGGAGCUGAGCGGUGUGCUGCGCGAGCUGCGCUGUCCGCACGCACCACUGCUCGACGGGCCGACGCAGGCGCGGCUGGCGGCGCGGCCCGCGCGCCUCCUGCUGCUCGACUUCCUCUGCGGCGAGCUGCAGGCGGCGCGCAUGCUGGCGACCGACGCGCCGCCGGCCGGCCCGCCCACGGCCGAGACGCCCACGGCGGCGGCCCUCAAGCGCGCGCUGCUCGCGCUCAACUUCCCCAAGCCGCCGGCGCAGAUCACUCCGGCGCAGCUGUUCUCGAAGGUGGAGCAGAAGCUGGGGGAGGUGGUGCGCGCGGCGCCGCCGGCGCUGGUCGGCACGCCGCUCUGGAGCGGCGAGCUCAGCCAGCAGCAGUGGCGCCACCUGGAGCGUAUCGCCUCCGAGCUACAGCACGAGUACCGGCUGCGGCGCGAGAUGCUGCUGAAGCGGCUAGACGUGACCGUGCAGAGCUUCCGCUGGUCACCGCGCGCCCAGCAGCGCCAGGAGGAGGUGCUGGCGGCGUUCGGUGCGCGCCGGGCCGCCAUGACGCGCGAGCCGGCCGUCCAGCUGGCCGAUCUGCUGGCGGCGCGUGCCGACCUGGCUGUGGAGGAGCGCACCUGCAGCAGUCAGGUGCGCCGCAACACGCGCACCGGGCUGAACCGAGUCGUGAUCGGACCCGUGCCGGACCGCGGCGGCCGACCGAGCGAGCAGCGCGCGCCGCCGCCGGAGAUGCCCAGCUGGAAGCCGCGCGACGCUGGCCAGCCCGGCGGCAGGG